CGUGUAUUUAUAGCCAAAAAAAGAGAUUCCUGCACACAUGUAUCCCGUACCAAAACCUGAGCGAGGUCUAUAAUCAAAAACUGGGAAUGGAAGGAGGUAUGGAUGUAGACAUCAAACGUAUCAUCACCGGAUAUAAACGCAGUGCAGAAUUGACUAGCACAGUAAGAUAGAAUGUCACAAUCGUUGAAACCAUACUUAACGGCCGUAAGAUCUUCAUUAACAGCAGCCAUAUGUUUAGAAGAUUUCUCUUCACAAUUGGUGGAGAGACAUAAUAGGCCAGAAAUAGAGGUGGAUAAUACUCAUAAUCCUGAAUUAAUAUUAAAUCCUAUGAUUAUUGCUCGUAAUGAAAAUGAAAAGAUCUUAAUUGAACCAUCAAUUAAUUCUGUUAGAGUAUCAAUAAAGAUUAAACAAGCAGAUGAAAUAGAACAAAUUCUAGUUCAUAAAUUUACCAGAUUUUUAACUUCAAGAGCAGAAAAUUUCUUUAUAUUAAGAAGAAUCCCAAUAAAGGGUUAUGAUAUCUCAUUUUUAAUAACAAAUUUUCAUACUGAACAAAUGUUAAAGGAUAAAUUAGUUGAUUUCAUUAUAGAAUUUAUGGAAGAUGUAGAUAAAGAAAUCAGUGAAAUGAAAUUAUUCUUAAAUGCUAGAGCCAGAGUCAUUGCUGAAUCUUAUUUGACUCCAUUUGAUUAGAUAUGUAUGUCUCAUAUAUAAUGUAUAUGAUUAUGUAAAAAAAAAAUGAAUAAAUGAUUUGAAAUCAUAUUAAU